GGAGGAUGAGAACGCGGGAGAGGGGGGGAGGGAGAGAGUGGGGGGGAAGGCGAACAGGGCACAAAGCGCGCGCAGCAAGGCCAAGGUCAGACGAGGGAUGGGCAGGGGAAGGAGCAACAAAACGCGCAAAGCGAAGCCAGGCAAAGAAACCAGCUGGGGGAAACGAACAAGGAGGAGGAGGAGGAGGAGGAGGAGGAGGAGGAGGAGGAGGGGAGGAGGAGGAGGAGGAGGGGGAGGAGGAGGAGGAGGAGGAGGAGGAGGAGGAGGAGGAGGAGGAGGAGGAGGAGGAGGAGGAGGAGGAGGAGGGGGAGGGGGAGGGGGAGGAGGAGGGGGAGGAGGAGGAGGAGGAGGAGGAGGAGGAGGAGGAGGAGGAGGAGGAGGGGGAGGAGGAGGACGACGAGGAUUUCGGGGCGAGGGUCAGAAAACGUCGGUCGGGCAAGGCCGGGCACGGCGAGGGUCGGGUCGUACUCGUGGCUGGCAUGAGGCGCAGGAAGUAGAGCAGCGGGUUGCGCACGAUCAUCAG